CGACAGAUACAGAAGCCAGAGAGAGUGAGGCCUGCUGCUCCAUGUGAGACACCACGCUGGCCCAGCCUGUCUCAGUGAAGGCUGACUGCCGGACAGGACCCCCGACUGAGACUCUGGUCUAUAUCGCGCAGUGACACCAUGUCUGUUCCGACUUCAGUUCCAAAAAUUGAUUUUUCGCCUGCAACGGCAGAAGACUAUGAAGAACUGAUGUCUAUCUCUAGUGGGUUAUUCAAUGGAACAGACUAUUUUCCUGUGAUGUACCAUAAAUGGCUGAAGGAACCCCAGAGAAGAAUGUUCGUGGCCAGGUGUGAAGGGAAAGUGGUGGGCUUCGAGUGUUUCAUAGUGGUUGAUGAUGGAACUACUGCUGUGGUGGAAGGUCUUCGUGUAGCCGCUGAGAUGAGAAGACGUGGAGUGGGUGGAGUGAUUGAGAGGUUUUGCUGGGAUGUUAUAUGUUCCGACUACCCGGAGGUUAUAAGAGUUCGAUUCUCUCGAUCUGAGAAUCCACCAGCUAUUAUGGUGGAAACAUGCAACAGGAUCACCUGUAAGGCAGUGAUACCUGUACGUGUUACUGCUGACCAGUUGGAAGCAAAACUCAGGUUACUGGAGUCUCGAGUGAAUAAUGAAGAUAGAUCCAAAAAGCUAUCUGUUCUGGGACCAGAGGAAAUUCUCAGAUUCUUUGAGUCCAAGACAAAAGAACAAUUGCUUCCUGGUGGAUUGCUAGUUCAAGGUUGGUUUCCUAUUGCCGCUCAGAAGUCCAACCUAGAUCUUCUACUGAAACGAGAGAUUGUCUGGAUUUAUUCACAUCCUGGGGAUUCUAGUGAUUCUGCAUCUUCUUCCAAGGUCACACCUGGCAGUAAUGGCCCCCAAGCCUCUCCAGAAGGGUUUCUUAGCCUUGGUUCUAAACCAUUUCUAGUGCCUAUUGCAGACAAAGUAUACUAUAUAGAUAUCGACCUGUUUGGAAACGAUCCAUCUUGUGCUAAGGUCCAUGUUCUAGAGCAGUUGAAAAUCGGAGUAAAAGGAUUGCCGUCAGGGAGUGGUAUACUAUUUAUCAUAUAUGCAGAGGAGAGUCUCCGGACUGAGCUUGUCCAACUGUGUGAAGGGUUGAAUAUAUUCUAUUUUUUGAAGGAGCAGAAUAUUUUUGAAAGGGAGACCAAGCUUGAUUGAAUUCCACUUCCCAGUCUUGGCAAGCUCUUAUUUUGCAUUUAAGAAUCUGUCCAAAGACCCCAUUUCUAUGGCCUCUUUCAUACGAGCUGGUUUUCCGCACGGGUGUGAUGCGCUACAUGAACCAUGGCACCCACACUGAAUCCUGACCCUCUCAUUUCAAUGGGUCUGUGUUCAUGACUUUUUUUUUUUGGCGCAGGUGCAAUUGCAGACCAAACUAACUGAAUUGCUUGCGAAAUGGUACAAAUUUCACUGAUUUGGCUCGGGAUACAAUCAGUUUUGUUCGUGUGAAAGGCGCCUAUAGGUUUGAUGUUAAAAUGCAGUGCUAAGUUUUUCAAAACCUUGAUUCCUAUGAAUCUGUCUUCCAUUCCUUCAACCAAAAAGAUUAGGAGGACCGGUGUUUAACCUCUAUUGUGCUGUUGGCACAAUAGAGGUUAAACUGGGUGACAACUGGUGGCACAUAAGUUUUCUCCUUCCAUGGAGGUUACAGGGUAGUAAUCCCAGAUCUAGUGCCUGGGCGCCCAAAAGUGCUUCUACCAAAAAAAAAAAAAAAAUAUUACAAAUGGAACAAGCUAUUUAUGAUACAGUAGCAGAUUUAGUUGAGUGACACACUGGACCUCCUCCUGACCACACAAUGUAAAUAUACCUUGGGAGUCGGGUAUUUAAAGAUGGUGCCCGCUUGUGAGCACCAUAGCUGCCAGGAGCCUGCUGUUUUAAACGGAUACCUGAUGCUAAUGUAUUAAACAGAUCCCCAUAGUGGGGAUUGAGGAAGCGGCUUGGUUGGUGCAGUAGCCUUGGUCCUCCUGAAUGAGCUGAGGAUUCCACAGCUAUGUUCCUAUGAAGACCUUGGAGAAAAAAAAAUUAUAAAAAAAAUCUAUUUGUUGUGCUGGCUGUACAAUUUAUGGUAUCCUGAUUAAAACCUAAUAAAAACUGUUUAAAAAUA